CUACAAGCUUUGACUUCUCGUGCCCGCCCACGAACAGGAAGGCCCUCCUAUCCAGCUCGAUCAUCGUCAUCCUUUUGGGCUCUAGACUGUGGUCACAAAUCCCGGCGCAGUGCUCACAAUGUCAGGCGUAGGUCACCGCUUGCUGUUGGUGCAUCUCUUCCUGCCAGACACGCUGGCCUUUCAUCCCUGGGACGAAGAUUCGGACGCAGCAGGGCACGUAGCCACUCUAGGCGAAGGUGGGGGCGGUGGAGGCCAAAUCGUCGUCGACUCUCCUGCCGACUCUUCACGCGCUGAAGAUGCCCUCAAUACCCCGCCGGCUGCCACGCAUCACUUGCCCUUACACGAGCUCUCCGAUCGUCUCGCCAAAGCGAAUCUCAGAAGUUCUGUCCAGAGCAGCGGACCUACCAGCCUAGAUGUACCCCAACGAAACUCGGCUUCCAAGUCGGCGCCCGAGUCUCGCGAGCACGUCAGUGUGGCUAGUGUUAGAGCGAGGGAUCAUGCGCUGGAAGAUGACAGCGCCGUCGACAUCGACGACGAGGACAGUGGACCCGAGAUCGGUGCUGCCAGGGUACAGCGGACGACGCGAUCAGCUCGAGGCUCUUUCAGCGCAGACGCAAAUGCUCGCAAGAUUACAAUGACCAGUCUCAUAUCCGAAGGGUCUGGACAAGGCGGCUCCAGCACGCUGGAGUCUCAGCCGAUUCGUGUGCCGUCGCCUGCCAACGCUUCCGCAGCGACGCGAUCUCGCCGCAACAGCCCGAGUGGUGCUCUUCGACCCAACAUUGCGGCACUCACAGAUACUCGAGGAGCGAAUGCUGAUGGCACCGACAUCCCUGUAGCCGCAGCCUCUGAUCACGGAAGGGGCGUCGCCUCUACUUCACCGGGCACCCAGCUUUCGAGCUCCUCCCUGAGUGCUGCGACGCCUCUAUCAAGGUCGGCCGGAAGCGGCUCGCAUGUUGGGGGCAGAGACAACAAGGGUGGCUUCACGCAAGGUGGUUCACCAUUCGGUCCCAGGGGCAUUGCUCCAGGCGCCCUCGGCUUGACUGUCCCUGGCGAGAGUGAUUCGAGAUCGGGCACAAAGACUCCAGGAGCCAAGGCUGGGGGCAAAGCUGGCACCUUGACGCCGCUCAGCAUCAUCGGAGACUUGGCUGCCAAGCAAACUUCCAUGCAUGCUCUCUCCACACCAGGUCCACAGACGCCCGGUGACAAAGAGAGGCAUCAUCCAUUCGGCUCAGGUGCUGUCACCCCUCGACACGGAUCUCAAACGCCUGGUCAUUCCGUGCGUACGCCGGGCUUUCCCCCGAAUGCCAAAGGCCAUUCGCAAGGGGCACUGAGUCGGCCGCCCAUGAAUCUGAGCAUGUCAGCUAUGAAGGUGCCACAAGCACGCGCAGAAGGAAUGAGCGGUGCUGCGACUGGAGGUGCCAGCACUCCACACCAUCACUCUUCGCUAGGUCUCACUGGACUGGGAGGUGCGAAAAAGCCAUCAGGUGCGCAAUCUGCUGCGACAGCGGGUGUCGGCACAGUAUCUUCCGCACUUGCAGGGGGCACCAUCAAUGACCAUGGACGGGGCGUCGUUGCAGAGACUUCACCUCCUGGGCCAAUCGCGCGACCUCACAGCAAAUCCAACGAGGACAACAAGGCGAUCUCGGGGAUAUCAGCAUUAGGGACUCCUCACGACAGAAGCGGAAGGGGGUCUGACAGGAGAAUCAAUGCAGGCUCAGCGAUUGGGGCUGGCUCUCCAAAUGCGGUGGCUGAGAAAGCGCGCCAGACGCAUGGCGGCAUCAUGCCGCCAUCUUCUUCCUUCAACCGCAUGAGCUCCAAGAACAGGGCACCAGGACCUCGUUGCGGUUCACGCCGCAAUCCGUCAUCGACCGGGCGUUCGGUAGGCAGACGAGCUUCCGUAGCUAGUAUGACGGAUGCAGGCGGAGAGAGCAUCAUCUCCGCCUCGUCGACACCAGCGCGCAUUCCUCGAUUCGACUUUGAGCCGAAUCCCAGCGCAAACGGUGGCUUGGUCAACGCCGUCGACAGCGUAUCUCGCGAUCGCUUGCGAGCGGGCAAGGUGUAUGUUGGCGCGCCAGGCAUCUCCAUAGAUGACUGGGCUGGGCCGAUCGAGCGCGCCUUGAUUGCAGACAGGCUCCGCAAUGAGCGAUCUAGCACUCCAGUGUGGUUAGAGGAUGACCUCAUGCAGGGUCACUAUACACAUUUCUGCAAACAAAUCCUCUGGCCCACUUUUCACUACACACUGCCGUCCCAGCGCGGGCUGGAGCAAGAGCACGAAGCUUUUGUGUGCUACCGCGAGGUCAACCGAAGAUUUGCAGAUGCCAUUGUGGCCGAAUACAGGGAGGGUGACAUUAUCUGGGUCAACGACUACCAUCUCUUGUUGGUGCCGCAAAUGGUCCGUGAGCGCUUGCCGUAUGCCACCAUUGGCCUCUUUUUGCACAUUGCCUUUCCCUCGUCCGAGAUCUUUAGGUGCCUCUCGGUACGAGAAGAGCUUCUGCGAGGCAUGCUGGGCGCUGAUCUGAUAGGCUUUCAAACCCACAACUUUUGCCGGCACUUUAGACAGACAGUCAGUCGUAUAUUGCAAUUGGAAGCGACGCCAAAAGGCAUUCAGAUGGACUCCAGCAGAGGGGGCGGGUUCGUCACGGUCAGCGCAUUUCCCAUUGGAAUUGACGUGCGCAAUCUCAAUCGGAAGCGUGCAGAUCCCGAGGUGGGCGAGUGGGUGGCAAAAUUGCGCGAAAGGUAUGAUGGGAAGCGCGUCAUUGUCGCGCGGGACAAGCUGGACUGGAUCAAGGGCGUGCGUCAAAAGCUCCUCGCUUUCGAGGUCUUUCUCGACGAGCAUCCCGAAUGGGUCGGCAAGGUGGUUCUCAUUCAGAUCGCUCUUGCUACGACUGAGGACAACGACGAGAUUGGCGCUUCUUCAGAGGUGGUCUCGCGCGUCAACAACAAGCACUCUAGCCUCGCAUAUCAGCCCGUUGUCUUCUUGCACGUGCAAGACAUGACCUUCAGUCAAUACCUCGCGCUCCUCACCAUCGCGGAUGCUUUCCUGGCCAGCAGUCUACGCGAAGGCAUGAAUUUGACAUCACAUGAGUAUGUCGUUUGUCAAGAGGAGAAGCACUCGCCGCUCAUCCUUUCGGAAUUCACCGGAACGUACUCUGCGCUGCGGGCGUGCAUCGGCAUCAACCCGUGGAAUACCAAACAGGUGGCUCACGCCAUUCACAAAGCAGUCACAAUGUCUGCUGAAGAGGCGUCUGCGCGCUGGGAAGAUCUUCAUCGAUGUGUUUUGACCCAGACUUCUCAGCACUGGCUGACGAGCCUGCUCAGCCGGCUAGAACGAGCGCACUUGGAAACUCAGAGGCGACAAUCCUCUUUUAUUCCUCGACUUGAAGUCGCUUCGCUGAUUUCCGAAUGGAGAGCCGCGCGAAAACGGUUGCUACUCAUCGAUCUCGAGGAUACUCUCAUGCCAGCACCAGAAAGAGAUUUUCCAAAGGAACCAGAGGAGGCGCUGAUCAAGCUACUCAAGGACCUCUGUGCUGACACGAAAAAUAGGGUAUAUCUAUUGAGUGGCAGAGGGACGAGCGACUUGGAAAGCUUCGCCAAAGAUUUGCCGGCGAUCGGAUUGAUCGCCGAGAACGGAUGCGCGGUCAGCUACGUCGGCAACACCUCGCAUUCCCAAGAUGAAGCUAGCCCCGGGGGGAGUGGUGCACGGCAAUGGGUCUCCUUGGUCGCCGGCUAUAAUCUCUCAUGGAUGGCGCCAGUGCGCGAAAUUUUGUCGUACUUCUCCGAGCGUACAGAAGGCAGCUACAUGGAAGAGCGUGGAGCGUCCAUCUUGUGGCGCUUCUGGUCACGCUCUGCGGGGGACCCGCACUCGCAUCAAGCGCAGUGGGCACGGAAGCAGAGCGCCGAGCUGCAAAACCUGGUCUACGACUCGCUUGGGGAGCGCUUCUCACUGCGCAUUAUUCCUGGCUCCACCAGCUUUUUGAUCAUGCCCAAAGGUGUCAGCAGAGCUAGCGCCGUGCAGCACAUCAUAAGUUUGUCGCAGAUGGGCGCAUCGGCAGCUACUCCCGCUAGUCCUGCAUCGCCUGUCGUUAAUCCGUUUGGUAUGGGUAGACAUGUGAGGAAUCCAGCAGUGGAGUCCAUCAAGGGAGGAGGCCCAGCCAGGGACAGCAGUCCAUACAAGCUGCCCAGCAAUGCUUUCAUGCCAAUGUUCCAAAGUCAGCGAGAGCACGACUUGGGUCCUUCGAGGCACAACGGUCCGGCCGGCGGCGGCUCGUUCGAUUUUGCUUUCGCACUCGGACAAGACGAUGCCUUGCUGGCGUACGUGUCCACCUUGGACAUGCUCUUUGCUCCCAUCACCUGCACGUCCAGCGCAGAUAUGCGAGGCUCGGAAGCCUCCUUCUACGUGCGAGGUCAGGGCGAGGCUAGAGCUGCUCUGAGGGAGCUGGUUCAGAGCAGGGUCAGAGACGCCGUUUGGGGCCGGCCUGCUAUGAGCGACAUUUAAACGCGGAUCAAGAUCGUUGGAUACGCGUGCGCAACUUCGGCUGCGUCAUCAGCCACAUGCCAGAACGAUUUCGGACUCAUGACUGGUGUAGAUGACGUUGCAAAUUCCACGAAAACCUCACCACUCAGGAAUCACUACCUGAAGGUGACUUUUGGUCAUCCAUGCUCUUGUUCCUGCGCUCGCCUCAGAAUUGAGGCCAGUUUCAAGGUCCCUCUAUUAUACAGGUAAAGAGUUUCGUACUGGUCACUACACCUGCGAUCACCCCACUUCCACUUGCACGCAGUUUAGACGACCAUUGGCUCCAUAACCUUGAUACACACGCACUCACAGUCACGUGAUCGCAUAGAUGUCGUGGACCGUGAUGUGAAGCCGUGUCAGAAAGCCUGUUUC